AUGCUAGAGUUUCUUUACACGGGAGACUACACAGUUCAAGAUAAUAUGACCGAAGUUCAGAUUUUACCAAGUGAUAGCGACAAAAUACCAGAAUCAGAUACAUGGCAUUCGGAAGAGGCUUUGCGACUCUCUCAAAAAGACCAAGAUGACAUGGAGAACCUUUCAGCUGAAGAGAAUGCCGUUGGUGAAACUGCAAUGUCACUGUCAAAUCAACCUACAGCGAGUCUUAUGAACCAAUGCUCAGUGAACAAAAAGACUUCAGUAGCUGGCGAGGACCCCCUGACAGGCUCCAGCGAGCAAAUGGACGCUAUCGACGAAUCAUUGACUGAUUGUCACCCAUGCUACUUCCAUCUCCGCAUGUAUGGAGAAGCUGAUUACUUCAUGGUCGAAGAUCUGAAGAUCAAAGCAGAAGAGAACUUUCGAGAUUCAUUUGAAAAUUGCACCGAAAAGCAAAUCUUGGCGCAGGUAAUCAAGGAACUCUAUUCAACAAAUGCCGACUACCGAGAUAUUAGGAAGCUAGCGAAGAAACUGAUAGUGAAAAACCUGCGAGAAAUUCAAGGAGGGCUGACCCCGGGGAUUGAUUACGAUCUCUUGAAAGCAUAUCCAGCGUUUGCUGCUGAAUUAUGUAUAGCGACUAUGGGAAAGUAUUUGAGUGUGUCGUCCAGCCUCAGACAAGCGCUACCCCUUUCCACAGUUGAAUACAAGCCAUUUGAAUUCAAGAAAUUCGAAUACCAACGGGGCAAAUGA